CCCCCUCCUCCUGGCCGUCGUCCACCCUUCUCUUCUCUCCUUCCGGAGCGCAAGGAUUCUUCCCAAGCAGAGCACGGAGAGGCCCUAAUCGGCGGGAGAGAGAUGGCGCUGGCGAUCCUCGCGAGGCGGCGGGCGGCGGAGGCCGUGAUGCGGCGGCCGCAGGCGGCGGCGGCGGGGGCGGCCGUGUCCGCGUGGAGGGCGUACGCGGCGGCGGGGGAGGAGAGCGACGUCGUCGUCGUGGGUGGCGGGCCAUGCGGGUACGUGGCGGCAAUCAAGGCCGCGCAGCUGGGGCUCAAGACCACCUGCAUCGAGAAGAGGGGCACACUCGGCGGGACCUGCCUCAACGUCGGAUGCAUCCGUCCAAGUGAUGCUCUUUUGCACUCAUCACAUAUGUACCACGAAGCAAAGAGUUCUUUUGCACACCAUGGAGUCAAGUUCUCAAAUCUGGAAGUGGACCUCCCAGCCAUGAUGGCUCAGAAAGACAAGGCUGUGACAGGGCUAACAAAAGGGAUUGAAGGGCUCUUUAAGAAGAACAAGGUGACUUACGUUAAAGGCUUUGGGAAAUUGGCUUCCCCCUCAGAAGUGUCAGUUGAUUUGAUUGAUGGUGGCAACACUGUUGUCAAAGGCAAAAACAUAAUCAUUGCAACUGGGUCUGACGUAAAAUCACUUCCUGGAAUCACAAUUGAUGAGAAGAAAGUUGUUUCAUCUACCGGUGCUUUGUGCUUGUCAGAGAUCCCAAAGAAACUGGUGGUAAUUGGAGCAGGUUAUAUUGGCCUUGAGAUGGGUUCAGUCUGGAACCGCCUUGGUUCAGAGGUCACUGUUGUUGAAUUUGCGCCAGAUAUAGUACCAUCAAUGGAUGGCGAGGUCAGGAAGCAGUUCCAGCGCAUGUUGGAGAAGCAGAAGUUCAAGUUCAUGCUCAAGACAAAGGUUGUCGGGUGUGAUACCAGUGGAGAUGGCGUAAAGCUGACACUUGAACCUGCAGCUGGUGGUGAGCAGACCAUCCUUGAAGCAGAUGUUGUCCUUGUCUCUGCUGGCAGAACCCCAUUUACUUCUGGGAUUGGGCUGGAAACUCUUGGUGUUGAGACAGACAAGGCUGGCAGGAUCCUUGUUGAUAAGCGCUUCAUGACCAAUGUGAAGGGAGUCUAUGCAAUUGGGGAUGCCAUCCCUGGGCCCAUGCUUGCCCAUAAAGCUGAAGAAGAUGGUGUAGCAUGCGUCGAGUUCAUUGCUGGAAAGGAAGGCCAUGUUGACUAUGACACAGUUCCUGGUGUGGUCUACACACAUCCAGAGGUUGCAUCUGUUGGCAAGACUGAGGAGCAGGUGAAGGCUCUAGGAAUCGCCUACCGCGUCGGCAAAUUCCCACUUCUGGCUAACAGCCGUGCGAAGGCCAUUGACGAUGCUGAGGGGAUUGUCAAGGUGGUGGCUGAGAAGGAAACCGACAAGAUUCUCGGUGUGCACAUAAUGGCACCCAAUGCUGGUGAAAUCAUCCACGAAGCUGUGCUCGCCUUGCAGUAUGGAGCAUCAAGCGAGGACGUUGCCCGCACUUGCCACGCGCAUCCCACUGUGAGCGAGGCCCUCAAGGAGGCUUGCCUACAAACCUUCUCAAAGGCCAUCCACAUAUGAUUUCUGGUUUUUUGUUUCCUCACCAUCCAAACUGUUGGCUCAGGAUGUUAAUUUUGGAUUAUUGGGACCAAAAGGCCUCUGAUUGUCAUUUCGUUUUGUUGGCAAUACUGUGAAUUGACCCUUGCCAGUUGCCCCAUCUUAUAGCAAUCUGUUUCAUUUUGCUUAUCUGCUAUAUGCAUCACAAUAAUAUCCUGAUAUUUCUGUGUCUCUGUGAAA